AUGCGAUUCGUCGACACUACGCACAAGGUUGACCCCAAAUGGAUGGGUUGUUUCACUGAUGAUGUCGCUAUCGCCACAAAGGUGCACACUGCUGGAGUUCCUGUCUGGCUUAUCCGUGAUGCUGAACUUGUCAAUGCCAACAUGAACAUCGUCAAAGUUGUUUCGUUCACACCACCCGAUGACCUCGUCAUCGGCAUGUAUCAUGAUCCCGUCAAACUCUUUGCCCAACCAUUCGACAUCAUCACCAGAGGUCCCAAUAAUCACCGGCAUCAUGAGGCCACUCGUCAGCCGUAUUCCAACUUUGAGAAGCUGCCGGUUCCAAAACCCCAAGUGGAACAGAUGGUAACUAAGGAGUCAUUGGUAGGAAGGGCGCGUGUAGACAAAGGGAAGGCCAAAAUGAGUGCCAAGCUUGCACCGUGUAAGUUCAGCAUUCUUCUUUCAUGGUUGUUGUGA